GAACUUCGCGCUGGUGGAGGAGCUAAGCCCAGACAUUUCAAAGGCGGUGACCCUCGCAGAUUGCCUUGAGGGCUUUGGAAAGCACUGGCAGGGGCAGAUCACCGGCGGCCUUGGCUCCACCAGACAACCACAGGAAAAAGCGCGGCAGACCAAGCACAUCGACGACUUCAUCUCCCACGACUGGUCAACGAACGGAACUGC